CCACAGCAUUCACUCUGAACGAAAAUAAACUGGUUUGUCCAAGAACAGCGCUGAUUUCUCAUGGAGCGGGAUUAAAUAACACUUCCACAAGGCUUAGGGUUUCCAGGCUGGUCUUGUUAUUAUUUUUUUAUGAUGUGAAAUGUGCAUUUUUGCGAAAAAAUUGCUGGAAAGUUUUGAUUUGAAUGUUUAAGUGCUUAUGUGUAAAAAGCCAUCCGGAGACAGUAAUGCUGCUGUGUGUUCAGAUUAUUCACGCGCUCUUAUUGAGGAAAACAAGCUUGUAGGAAAAGUUCUGUCGUUUUCUGGAGGCAGGGAAAUAGUUUGGUAGAAAAUAGCUAGAACUAAACGUCAAGCUGGAAUAUAAAGGGCAUGUCUAAUCAAGGGGCGAGGAGAAAUGGUCCAGUGAAACUGCGGCUCACAGUUCUCUGUGCAAAGAACUUGUCAAAGAAGGACUUCUUCAGACUGCCAGACCCCUUUGCUAAAGUGGUGGUGGAUGGUUCUGGUCAGUGCCACUCGACAGACACAGUCAGGAACACACUGGACCCGAAGUGGAACCAACACUAUGACCUUUAUAUUGGUAAGCUGGACUCGAUCACCAUCAGUGUAUGGAACCAUAAGAAGAUUCAUAAGAAGCAGGGAGCAGGAUUUCUGGGCUGUGUGCGUCUCCUCUCCAAUGUCAUCAACCGCCUCAAAGACACUGGCUAUCAGAAGCUGGACCUGAACAAGCUCGGGCCCAACAAUAAUGACACCAUCAGAGGGCAGAUAGUGGUGAGCUUACAGUCCACAGACAGGAUAGGAAUGGGAGGCUCCUUGGUGGACUGCAGCCGUCUGUUUGACAACGACUUACCGGAUGGCUGGGAGGAGAGGAGAACUGCAACAGGCAGGAUUCAGUAUCUCAAUCACAUCACACGGACAACACAGUGGGAAAAACCAACCAGGCCCGCCUCGGAGUAUGCGAGCCCCGGUCGGCCCCUCAGCUGUGUGUUGGAUGAGAACACACCCAUCCUGAGUUCUAAUGGAGCCUCCGGCGUCACACACACCAACUCCAGAGCUCAGGAGAGACGUGUCCGCUCACAGAGGCACAGAAACUACAUGAGCAGAACACACUUACACACACCUGCUGAUCUGCCUGAGGGAUAUGAGCAGAGAACCACGCAGCAAGGCCAGGUCUACUUCCUCCACACACAGACCGGCGUGAGCACGUGGCAUGACCCACGUGUACCCAGGGAUCUCAGCAAUGUGAACUGUGAGGAGCUCGGGCCACUCCCACCAGGCUGGGAGAUUCGAAACACAGCCACCGGCCGAGUGUACUUCGUGGACCACAACAACAGAACCACACAGUUCACAGACCCCCGUCUCUCAGCCAACCUGCACCUAGUCCUCAAUCCAAGUGGGUCUCGUGGUGUGGAGAAUCCAAACCUCAGUCGUGCCCCCCAGCUGAAGGAGCAGCCUGUGCUGUGUAAUCUCCCUGAGGAGGCUGAAGAGUGUUUAACUGCUCCUAAGUAUAAGCGGGAUCUGGUGCACAAGCUGAAGGUGUUGAGGCAGGAGUUAUCUCAGCAGCAACCACAGGCUGGCCACUGUCGCAUCGAGCUCUGUAGAGAGGAGAUCUUUGAGGAGUCGUAUCGGCAAGUUAUGAAGAUGAGGCAGAAGGACUUGUGGAAGAGGCUGAUGGUGAAGUUCAGAGGAGAGGAGGGGCUUGAUUAUGGGGGUGUGGCCAGAGAAUGGCUGUACUUGUUAUCCCAUGAGAUGCUCAACCCGUAUUACGGCCUGUUCCAAUACUCACGUGAUGACAUCUACACACUUCAGAUCAACCCCGAUUCUGCUGUCAACCCAGAGCACCUAUCAUAUUUCCACUUUGUGGGCCGGAUCAUGGGCAUGGCAGUGUUUCAUGGCCAUUAUAUCGACGGAGGCUUCACUCUGCCCUUCUACAAACAGUUACUAGGCAAAUCCAUCACACUUGACGACAUGGAGGCCGUUGACCCGGACCUGCACAACAGCCUCGUCUGGAUCCUGGAAAAUGACAUCACAGGUGUACUGGACCACACAUUCUGCGUGGAGCACAGCGCUUACGGACAGAUCAUCCAGCACGAGCUUAAACCCAAUGGCAAGAAUAUCCCUGUCACUGAGGAGAACAAGAAAGAGUAUGUCAGGCUGUAUGUGAACUGGCGCUUCCUACACGGGAUCGAAGCUCAGUUUCUGGCUCUGCAGAAAGGCUUCAACGAAGUCAUACCACAGCACCUACUCAAGGCCUUUGACGAGAAGGAGCUGGAGCUGAUCGUGUGUGGCCUGGGGAAGAUCGACAUCCAUGACUGGAGGGCAAACACUCGCCUGAAGCACUGCACGGCCGACAGCAGCGUGGUGAAGUGGUUCUGGAAAGCCGUGGAGUUGUUUGAUGAGGAGCGCAGAGCCAGACUCCUGCAGUUUGUCACCGGCUCAUCUCGAGUGCCUCUGCAAGGCUUCAAGGCCUUACAGGGUGCUGCAGGGCCCAGACAGUUCACCAUCCAGCAAAUCGAUGCCAGCACCAACAACCUCCCUAAAGCCCACACAUGUUUUAAUCGCAUCGACAUUCCUCCCUACGAGAACUACGACAAACUGUAUGACAAGCUGCUGACGGCCAUCGAGGAGACCUGCGGCUUUGCGGUCGAAUGAGGAACCUACACAAACACAUGCAUACACACACACACACACACACACACACACACACACACACACAGAGCUGCCAUCAGCAAUUUGGAGAGUCCAACGUUGGUGUGAUAUCACUGCUAGCGCGGAGAUUAUUAUGUGACAAAUACAGCAGGAAGAGGGAACGAAUGGAACCACAUGGUUACCUUCUUUUGUUACCUGUCAUGCUUUAUUUUUUUGUUAACCCUUUUAUCUUCUCUCAGCUGCUAUCACCAGAUCUAGAGGUAGUUAUGUUUAGUCCAGAAGUCUUCUCUUGGCUUCAGUGAACAAGGUGAAACUAGAAAUGAGAAUUUUGCCUCCCCUGUAUAAAAUAUGAAGGCUGUAUUGAAGGCAGGGUAACAUUUUCACCUCCAUCAUGGAUGUCUUCCAGACAACAGCAUUGCUCAGGCUCAGUUCUAAAAUCUCUUUUUGAUUAUAAUGAGACUCGCAUUGAAAGUAAGUAAAAUGCUGAACUAUGCAGUCUUCUGACCAUAGACAUGCAUAUUAGAGCUGCAGAUACACAUUAAAGAGUGCAUGCUAUGAGAACCAUCACUCCAGCACCAUGUACUCCCCUAUUUAUAUUUUAAUUUUUCAGUUCAAACUUUAAAUUAAAAAUCUAAUUAAGUCCAUAAUAUAAUGUGAUGUGAUUAAAUUGAGAAAUUCUGGCUAUAACAGUUAUUGUUACAGGAGUGGAUGAGAGUGGAGUAAAAACUAAACAGAACGGUGGUUCACGCACCACUACUUCAAAUAAUAGGUCUAUUGUGUAAAUGUACACUUCUAGAAGAAAGAUUAACUCUAGAACACUAUUUAUUAACAGUGUAGGUAGUUGUGUUUGUAGAGAAAAUUGGCUAGCUCGAUUAGCUAAUGAUUCAUUGAGGAAAGUUUACGCUAUCUUCCCAGACGCGCGUUUAUUUUACAGCACAGCAGUAUGACAGAGGACCAAUAUCAUCACAUGCUGAAUGACAUCGCCAGCUAUCUAGCGUUCUGAUGUGUGUGUCUAUGGUUGUAAGCAUCCAGGAUUUGGUUUAUACCUAAACAAGUUAUGCAGGAGUACGUAACUAGUAAAAAGGCAAUAACAUUUACAUGUAUUCAUUUGACAGAUGGUUCAAUUCAGCAUACAGCUUGGGAGGUUAAAGGUCAUGCUCAGUGGCUCUUUAGCAGGCCCAGGAUUUUGAACUCACAACCUUAGGGUCAGUAGUGCUUAAUUUAAUGGCUCUGUACAGCCAUUAAAAACUGAUUCAGUUACAGACAAGAACUUUUCAUCUCAUCAAAAAAAUGCACCAUGACCUUAAGCCCAUCACACCCGGUGACGCUACAGCCGUCUGUGGCUGGGAGUCCAAGAGAGCAAAAUUGGCCGUGCUCUUCGGGUGGGAGGGAUGGCAUACUCUCUCUCUCCUGUCAGUCACAGUGACGCUAGCCGAUUGUAGACAUCUGUUAACUCAUGUAUGUGGAAGAGGGCGGAUAGCACUUUGUCAGAAUGGGGAUUGUUUUGAAUUUUUAUAGCACCACGUGCAACAGCAACACCAAUGGUGCUAAGAAAAUACGCUAACUGGUACGAAGAAGCAAGAUUGGGGCUGAUUUCUUUCUAGACCAGACUGUAGAUUCAUGCAGCCUAUCAGUGACAGUCACGUUCAGCCAAAUCCUUGAAGGUGUGUACAUUUGAAUCCCAGGACAGAGCCACUAUAAAGCCCUUAACCCUCUGCUGUAUGCUCAGAUUGUAUCAUGUAUAAAAUGUCUAGGGUAAAUAUUGCAUGUCGCUUUGUGUAAAAACAUCUACCAAAUGAAUAAAUGUACAUGUCCCACAUUUUCAGCAUCACAUUCAUUAGGAUAUGAAGGGAAACACUGAUCCUAGAUCAGCCAUCUUGCUCAAAAGAGCUUGACACCCCAGGACACCUUGAGAGGACUUUAGAAAGGAGGCGAGAAAAAUAAGGGUUAACCGAAGAGGUGAACUUACUUCACUCGAAUUGUGUAGCUGAUUUGUACGAGUAUAUAUCCAGUAUAUCCACAACUUUUAUAAACGUGUGUUUUAUAUCUUGCUAUUUCAGGAUGUAACCUCAGGUCACGUAGGACUGUUUUUUGUUCACUUUUAUGAGACUGGAUUUUUUUUUCUUUGUUAUGUUAUUGAGGUUGGCCAGCAGUCUUCUGUGUUAAUGAGAUCUAAGUGGUUGCCAGCAUUGUUCACUCAUCAACCCUGAGCAAUUUUGGUUGAAAUACAGCAUUGAAGACAGCAUUGUGAAAAACAAUAACACAUAUCUCAGUGUUCCAAAGAACUAAUAUUUUCUAAUAAAUAUCUAAUAUUAAUAAUUAAAAUUAAUAAUAAAUUAAUAAAAUUAAUAAUAAUAGAUAUUUAUUAGAAAAAUAUCUAAUAAAUAUCUAAUAUUUUCCCGUCUCCGUUAAUCUAGGUCAGUCAGUCAGUCAUUCAGCUGAGCAAUGUCUGGAGUCUAACCUUUGCUUCUUCACUGUUGGACUGGUUCUGCAACUCUAAUGUAGACUUGUACCUAAGAACCGCUGCGGUAAUCAUAAAGCCUGUCCUGUGCUCAUCCUAGGACUCUUCUAUACACCUAUUUUCUCUAAUGAUUUAUAAUCUCAGUAUCCUGUCACCCUGAAGUCUGGUUCCGCUCAAAGCUUCUUCCUCAUGCUGUCUCAGGGAGUUUUUCCUUGCCACUGUUGUCUUUAGCUUGUUCAUCUAAAUCUACAACCGGAUUUCUGUAAAGCUGCUUUGUGAAGAUGUCUUAUUGAAAGUGCUAUAUAAAUAAAAUUGAAUUGAAUUGAUGUAACUAACAAAUAAUGGAUGUGGGUCUCACCAAAAUCGAUCAAUGUCCAGCUGUUCACACUCGCUUAAAAUAGUAUUGUUAAGCUACAUUUCGAGAUGAAUGAUUUUGUAAAAUAACAGAAUUGGUUACAGAUUUAAGUACAAAGCAGAAAUACAUUAUUGUCCAUCUUUUGUCUACAAUUCCAAAUUUGGUUGGUGGGAUGAUCAAUAAUAAAUUCAAACUCAGGAAAAAGUUCUUCGAUUGUCCAAGCUGGUUGACCCAUAACGCUAAAGUAUUCAGCUUCACAUUCAAAUGUUUUUUUAAUGUUUAUCAAUGACACGGUCACACUCUCUCCUAAACCACAUCUGUUGGGUUUGAUACAGAUAUUUAUUGAUUUUGGGUGAGCUAGACCAUUACUUGUUAGCUAAAUUAUCAAAUGUAGCGCUAGUGCAAAACUAAAGAAGCAAACAUCAGGCAACAAGCAUGGCUUAGCUGAUUGACUACAUUUGGGAAAAAUUUGUAUUUGGGUUUGUAAGUUUAUAUUUCACUGAAUCUUUGCUUUAAGUUAAUGCAUCAUGUUUAUAACAUGCUUUUUAACAUUUAUAUGACUAUGGAUCUUAUAACAUUGUCCUUUUUUUUGCAGCAUCGAUAUCCCCAAGGUUAUUUAGUCCAUAUAUGUGCUAAAAACCUUAAGUAUGCUCAUAAGGGUGCCUUAUAAAGUAUGAAGUAUAAAAAUAUUUUAUAUAUGCUGAUGAGUGCUUUGAAGAGGUUUCAUAAUGCAUAUAAUAAUCAUCAGAUUUUUUUUUUUUUUUUAGUUUUUCAAUAACUGACCAUCUUCCAUUUGUUCAGUAUUGUUAUUAUUAUUGUUAUGUAAUUAUAAUUAACAUGAACUCAUGCUGAGUGUUCACACAGUUUGGACAAUCUGCGCUCUCACACUUAAUCAGUUGCCUUUCUAGCAUGUUCCACUUAAUCCUUCUGUGUUUGGUGUGAUGUGUGAAACAGUGUUUUGGUUUCGAGUGUGUGUGCGUGCUUCAGUAUGUACAGUAUGUGUGUGUACAGUGUGUGUGUGUGUGUGUGUAUGCUUGUGUAAAUAAGCUUGAUGAGUAUUUGACUUUUAAUUUCAUUUGUAUUUAUUGCUGCAGCUGUUCUGCGAGCUCAUUAUCUGUCUGUACAUAAGAGGACAUGCAGGGGGAAAGUGUUCCUGCUGUGCGCCUCUAAACACGAGCAAUAAACUCCGAGCUGUUCGCA